AUGUUUGGGAUCUCGUCAUCGAUCAACAAGUUCUGUUUCUCCGUAGACGAGGGAAAAGUCAGCGGCGUCUCUGAAGUGCUGGUGGGGGUUCCGACUGUCCUCUCCCCGGCGUUCAUCGUCUCCACCCUGCGCGUCACCGUCCGGGUCUGCGUCAAGGUGGUCCGGGAGUAUGAGAGGGCUGUUAUCUUCCGAUUGGGCCGGCUCAUUAGAGGGAAGGCCAAAGGACCUGGUAUGAUCUGGGUCAUCCCAUGGUUGGACGUCAUCCAGAAAGUAGAUCUAAGAACAGUCUACUUUGACCUCCCACCACAAGAGGUGGUGACUGCCGACUGGGUGCCAUUGAAGGUGGACGCGGUGGUGUUUUAUCGGGUGGUGGACCCAUCUCUCUGGGUGACCAGGGUGGCGGAUGGGCCGCUGGCCACACACACGCUGGCAGCGACCACGCUGAGAGCCACACUGGGAGCACACACGCUCGUGGACAUACUGGCACAGAGGAAGGACGUGGCACAGAAGAUAGAGGAGGUUGUGUAUGCUGCAUCCAGGCAGUGGGGCGCUCAGGUGGAGAGGGUGGAGCUGAAACACCUGGCCCUCCCCCCGGGUCUGCAGCGCUGCAUGGCCUCAGAGGCUGAGGCAGUUAGGGAGGCAAGGGCCAAGCUGAUAGUAGCAGAGGGGGAAGGGAGAGUGUCUAAUGUCUAUAAGGAGGUGCCUGGAGGGCUGUCUCCUGUGGCUCUCCAGCUGCGCCUCCUGCAGUCUCUGUCCUCCGUGGUCUCGGACACCACGACCACCGUCAUCCUCCCCUGGCCCCAGAAUCUCCUGCAGACCUUCAUCGCCAAACACUCGCAUGUCUCACAUUCCGCCUGA